AUGACUGUUCUUGAGCAUACAGUACCUUUCUUUCUUCCAAUUCGUGAAGCUGAAAAUGAUCUUCUUUCUUCAAAUGCUAUGAAAUUUAUCGACCAUGUUGGAGAUCUGUUGCAGGCUUAUGUGGAUAGACGGGAGCAGGUUCGACUUAUUAAGGAGUUAUAUGGCAAUCAAAUUAAGGAACUUUAUCACAGUCUGCCUUACCACAUGAUUGAAUUUGUGUUAGAUGAUUUUAAUUGGUAG